CGCGAGCGGAGAGUUCGAGCAGACCAUUGGGGACGAAAUGAAGGCAGUCGUGGUGCCCAAGUACAAUGCUCCGCUCGAGUUCACAGAGCUGCCCAAACCAACUAUCAAGGCCAAUGAUGAGGUCCUCAUCAAAGUCGCCUACGCCUCGCUCAAUCCCAUCGACUACAAACGAGCAGACGGGAUGCUCAAGAUCAUCAAGAGCGACACCUUUCCCUACAUCCCUGCCUACGAUGUUUCCGGCACCGUCGAGAGCGUAGGCAGCGAUGUCGAGCAAUUCAGAUCGGGCGACAAGGUCUUUGCGAGAAUUGGAGACGAUGCGCCGGGCACGCUGGCAGAGUUCGUCGUCACUCCUUCCCAUCUCGUUGCACAUGCGCCCAAGUCGAUCUCGCUCGAAGAAGCCGCAGCUGUACCGCUGGCCGGUAUGACAGCCCUACAAACGAUCCGUCGAGCUGGCUUCUCGUCCGGUCAGAGCAUGCUCGUCACUGCGGGCGCAGGAGGCGUUGGCAUUUUCGCUCUCGGACUUGCCAAGAAUGUGUUCAACGGGGCGGAAGUAGCCACAACAGCUUCUACCAAAAAGGUCGAGCUCGUCAGAAGCCUGGGUGCGACCAAAGUGAUUGACUACACAAAGCAAGAUUACACGAAAGAGCUCAAGGAUGUCGAUUUCGUCUUUGAUACGAUGGGCGAUCUGAAGACUCCGCUCAAAGUCAUCAGACAAGGCGGACGGUUGUCCACCAUUGCUGGCAUACCGCCCGCUUCGGAGCUCAUCGGCAAGUUUGCCAACCAGCCCGGUAUGCCCAUUCGCUUCAUCUUGAAUACUCUCGAUUGGUGGCAGGCACGGCCAGCAAGGUCAGCAGGGGUGACGUUCCAGAGCGUCUUCAUGCAGACCAACGGCAAAGACCUCGCAGAACUUGCGGGAUAUAUCGACGAAGGCAAGCUGAAAGUCGUGCUCGAUUCGACGUAUGCUCUCCAGGACGCUCAGAAAGCGUGGGACAAGCUCAAAGAUGGCCAUGCCACCGGUAAGAUUGUUGUAGCCGUUGCAUAAUGCACGUCGUAUUUAUCUUUCGCCG